CUUACAUGAUGAAAGGGAAGUUACAUUACUCUUCUGAAGUUCCUCCGAGUCUAGAUAAACAUUGAGAACCAACGAUGACGUAAAUUCAACGUUAGAAAAACACCAUAAACUUGUCAGAAGCUGGAAGCGGUUAAACUAAGGUCUACAGAUGGAUGUGAAUCCUGCCAUUGCACUUGACGGUCAAAUUGACCAGUGCUAGUGCCGACAGUGACAGACAGGCAGAUACCUACCAUCACCAGCUGAUCAUCAGCAUGGGCCAGAUAGUUAUGAAAAGUUCCACUGGAUGUUAGCUUUGCUGUGAUUGGUUAGACAGUUUUUAAUCUCACAACCUUUUGUUCUGUGAGGAUUACUUGUCUGAAACUGCCAUGGAGGAUUGUACUGAAAGUGACCUUUAUAAUGCCAUGAAUGCAGAUGACCUUGAGACUCUUCGUGACCUUUUGGCACAGGGAGGGAAUGUGGAUGAGUUUUAUUACAACUUCACAACCAACGAUGGUGUUUCCUUGCUGCAUCUGGCUUGCGAGAAGGGCAGGUUUGACUGUGUCCGACUCAUUGUUGACAGCAAUGCCACGAUGAACGUGGCAGAUCGAUGUGGUAGGACUCCUUUAAUGUAUGCGCUGGCUGCACAGAAGACCGAUGUUGCUGAAAUCUUGCUGAAGAAGGACCAGGACCUUGUAAAUGAUGAAGAUGUGGAUGGAUACACUGCCCUUGACCUUGCAGCCAUUGAUGGCAAUACUGAAGGGAUCCGUCUACUUGUGCAAUAUGGUGCAAAUGUCAAUCACCGCACGUUUGACGGAGUGACGCCGAUAAUGCGGUGCAUCAAAGAAGGAAUGAUGAAGAACCCUUCGUCUGUUUUGUGGGCACUCAUUGAGGGAGGUGCAGAUGUUAAUAUCAAGGAUAAGAAAUGUCGGAGGUCAGCCUUGCAGACGGCCACAAUAAAGAAGGAUGUCUCUGCGGCUGAGGUUCUUCUGGCAGCUGGCGCCGACAUGUAUUCUUUGGAUUGUGGCGCCAAAACACCUCUGACCAACAUGAUGCUGCAACAUGUACGCAUGAGGAAUGGUGCCUUGUUCGUCCAUGAGGAUGUCUGGAUGAUAAUGCUGCUGAUGGUGCAUGCUGGGAUAGAUUAUAGCUACAGUGUAUGCGAGGACGCUGACCCCAUGCUGACUGCAGCGCUAUUGAAGGCGGAAUGUCUGAUGCGAUUCUUCCUGUCUAAUGGUGCCAACCCUGAUAAACAAACUGUCCUUGGGGUCACCCCUCUACUGAAGGCAACGGGCAAGAAUGACUUCCCAUCUGUGAGGACCCUGAUUGAGUGGAACUGCAAGCUGGAUCUACAGGGACAGUUCUACUGGAGGAGAGAUGACUUCGAGUACACUGUAGACCCCUUUGAACUUGCUAUAAUGCUCGGCUACCUUAACAUUGCUCGACUCUUGGUUGAAGCAGGAUAUCAGCGCUACCAGAAGCCAUAUGUCUUUGACAGAGCUCCUCUACCACGAUCAUUGCGGGAAAAUCCAGACAUGUUAGAAUGGCUGAAGGAGAAAUGUUCGGUUCCUGAAAGUCUGACCACUCUGGCUGUGUACACUCUGAGGCGUUGCAUAGGGCGGGACAUUGUGUCAAAGGUGAGGAACUUACCCUUGCCGCCCAAACUGAGGAGGAUGUUGGUUCUAAAGGAUCUUCUUGGACUGGAUGUAGAAUAUUGA